AAAAAGAGAGAGAAGAGAAAAAAGAAAAAGAAAAAAGGAGGAAACUUGCUAUAAAUCCAAUAGCCACAGGAUGGCAGCAAAGGCUAUUUUGUCUUUAAAUGACAUCACAAAGAUUGUUUUAAAGAAGGACUGGGACAACGACAAUAAGACAAGAGGUCAUUAUGGAAGAACCAGAGGUGUAUUUUGAAGAAUUGAUGGAAAGAGCAAGAUCUGGAGAUCCUAAAGCCCAGACAGAGAUGGGAAAACACUACUUGAACCUUGCAGAACACAAGGAUGAGGAACUAAACAGUUGCAGUGGGACUGAGUGGCUGAUUCUUGCUGCCAAGCAAGGGCAAAGGGAAGCUGUUAAAUUGCUGCGAAAAUGUUUAGCAGAAAGAAGAGGCAUCACUUCAGAGAAUGAGCAAGAAGUGAAGAAAUUAUCCUCAGAAACUGAUUUAGAAAGAGCUGUAAGAAAAGCUGCCUUAGUCAUGUACUGGAAACUAAACCCAAAGAAGAAAAAGCAAAUGGCUGUUUCAGAACUAUUAGAAAAUGUUGGCCAAGUUGACAGUGAAGGUGGUGAGAAACCACUUGGCCCAGUUCCAAAGUCUGUGCAGAGGCAAAGAAGAAUGCUAGAACAACUGGUGAGCAGUGAAACUACAAAUUACAUUGCCUUGGAUGAUUUUGUUGAAAUAACAAAAAAGUAUGCAAAGGGCAUAAUCCCAACUAACCUCCUUGUGCAAGAUGAUGAUGAUGCCAAUGAUGAUGAUGAACUAGCAGGAAAGAGUCCAGAGGAUCUUCCACUCCGACUCAAGGUCAUAAAGUAUCCACUUCAUGCUAUUAUGGAAAUCAAAGAACACCUCAUAGAUGUUGCAUCGAAAGCAGGAAUGCAUUGGCUCUCAACUAUUGUUCCAACACAUCACAUAAAUGCUCUCAUAUUCUUCUUUAUCAUAAGUAAUCUGACAAUUGACUUCUUUGCAUUUUUUAUCCCAUUAGUUAUCUUCUAUCUGGCCUUCAUUUCCAUGGUGAUUUGCACCCUGAAAGUAUUCCAGGAUAGUAAAGCUUGGGAAAACUUCCGUACCCUCACUGACUUGCUGCUUCGUUUUGAACCAAACCUAGAUGUUGAAGAAGCAGAAGUUAACUUUGGCUGGAACCAUUUAGAGCCCUAUCUUUACUUCCUUCUUUCUGUUUUCUUUGUCAUUUUUUCUUUCCCUAUUGCAAGCAAGGACUGGAUACCAUGUUCAGAGUUAGCUACAAUCUCAGUUUUCUUUAUGGUGACAAGUUACAUGAGUUUGGGCACAAGUGCCAAACCCUACACACGAAGAGCAUUAUUAACGGAGGUUGCUGCUGGCUCCCUCUCCUUAUUACAGAUGGUACCUAUAAAUUUGGGUCCCUUACAGUUAUUGGGGAAAACAUUUUACAGCAUCCCUGUUGGUCAUUUCUUUGUGCUCAACCUGAGCAUCCCAUGCCUUUUGUUUCUGUAUUUGUUUUAUCUCUUCAUUAGGAUGUCACAGAUGAGGAACUUUAAAGGCAUAUAUUGCUAUCUGGUUCCUUAUUUAGUAUGUUUCAUGUGGUGUGAACUGUCAGUGGUUAUUUUACAAGAGUCAUCUGGCAUUGGUCUAAUCCGUGCCUCAGUUGGUUACUUUUUGUUCCUGUUUGCCCUUCCUAUUCUAGCGAUAGGCAUUAUACUGAUGUUUCUCAUCCAUUUCAUAAAAUGGUUCGUAACACUAGAACUUGUGAAGAUUGUGGUAACCCUCGUGUUAUGUGCUGUUCCCUUACUUUUCCAAAGGUGGAUGAGAACCAGCAUAUCUGUAGUUGAAAUGGUUAAAUCCUUAACAAGGAGUUCAAUUGUUAAACUUAUACUGGUGUGGCUUACUGCUAUAUUAAUGUUCUGUUGGUUUUAUGUAUAUCGCUCAGAGGGAAUGAAAGUGUACAACUCCACUUUGACAUGGAAUCAAUAUGGGUUUUUGUGUGGGCCUCGGGCUUGGAAGGAAACCAACAUGGCACGUACUCAGAUUUUAUGUAGUCAUCUGGAGGGCCACAGAGUGACAUGGACUGGAAGGUUCAAAUAUGUUAGAGUAACUGACAUUGAAAAUAGUGCGGAGUCAGCAGUAAACAUGCUUCCUUUGUUUAUUGGAGAUUGGCUGAGAUGCUUAUAUGGUGAAAUUUAUCCAGUGUGUGACCCAAAAAGAGUUACCAUGGAAGAAGAGGAACUCUGUCGUCUAAAGUAUCUGACAAAGCAUAAUUGUCACAUGAAAAGGUUUGACCGUUAUAAAUUUGCAAUAACUGUGGGAAUGCCUUUCAGAAGUAUAAAUGGAAAUAUGCUGAUAGAAGAGGAGGAUAUAACCAAAGAUAUUGUGCUGAAGGCAAGCAAUGAAUUUAAGAAAGUGUUGCUGAACUUAAGGCAAGGAAGUAUAAUUGAGUUUAGCACUAUUCUAGAAGGCCGUCUUGGCAGCAAAUGGCCUGAAUUUGAACUGAAAGCCAUCUCUUGUUUAAAUUGCAUGUCCAAACUUUCACCUGCAGAAAGGCAUGUGAAGAUAGAGCAUGAUUGGAGAAGCACUGUCCAGAAAGCUCUCAGAUUUGUCUUUAAUUUUUUCUUCUCUCCAUUUUUGUCAGUUGCAUGCUGAAAUUGAUUCAAAAUACCUGUACUGUCACAACCAAAUAUUUGGUGAAUACAGCUACAACUAUUUUUUUAAUGCAUGCUAACAGUUUUGAGUAUUGCACAUGGUGCACACAAUGCUGUCUUAGUAAAUCCUGUAUUGCAGAAGCCUCUACAUCUUUAAAACAAAUACCAGACUAAAUGCAUAUUAAAAGCAUAAAUAAUUGUUCCUGCCAGAGUUGACUUUUAACAUCAAUUAAAAGCAGGAAUAGACUACCUGGUCAUCUUCAAAUAUUCUGGACUCCAGUUCCUAUAAAUUCUAGCCAACAGUGCCAAUGAUGAGGGAUUAUGGGAUUGUAGUCCAAAACAAUUGCCUGUUCUUGAACCGGAGAUAUUAAAAGCACUUAUGAUAAUUCACCCUUCUGCUCUUCUAUUCUUCGAGAUAGAAGUUGAGAUAGAUAGUUAAGCUGACUUCUAGUAUCUGUAUACAGUGAUCUUUGCCAUUAAUUUGAACACAUGAUUAAAAAGUUGAGCAGAGUUAAAAUAUAAGCUGGUUAACUCUUAUGCGGAAGGCAGACAUUUGUUCAGUCAGCAGUUUAAGCUUGAUUGAUUAUACCCCCUCACCCACCCCUGGUUUCAGAGGAAAGCCUGAAUUGCUGAUAUAUAGGAAUUUACCAAGGAGAUGGAACUGAACACCUGGCUAAUAUUCUGUAUUUGUAAAUGUGAAAUGAAACAAAUAUUCAAAACCUGUA